ACCCCAAGGGCUGGCAGUCAUUAACCGGGAAGGGCGGGUGAGAAGACAGCAGCUCUGGUUGGCCUCUCACAAGGAGAGGGCCAAGCAAACCCUUGGCGAGUUGCUUCCCUAGCAGUGGCCUGUGAGGAGAAAGAAAGCAACAUGUCUUUCAUUCCUGUGGAGGAGGCCUCCCACUUUCCCAUCCAGAACCUGCCCUAUGGGGUGUUCUCCACCAAAGAGGAGCGCUUCUUAUGCUCUUUCAAGGAUCCCAAGCCAUUGCCCUACCUCUGCGAUGAUCAGCCUUACACAUUCGACAUCAACCUCUUCGUCGGUAUUAAAGGGGAUGGAAUGAGCAAAGCAGCUAACAUUUGCCACUCAAACUUCAAGCACAUGUAUUGGACCAUGAAGCAACAGCUCGUUCACCAUACAAUCAAUGGCUGCAACCUGAGGCCAGGAGAUCUUUUGGCAUCUGGAACCAUCAGUGGACCGGAUCCUGAGAACUUUGGCUCCAUGCUGGAAUUGUCAUGGAAAGGAACCAAAGCAAUUGACCUCGGGAACGGCCAGACGCGUAAAUUUCUACAAGAUGGGGAUGAAGUCAUUAUAACAGGUUACUGCCAGGGGAAAGGUUACCGCGUUGGCUUUGGCGAAUGCUCUGGAAAAGUGCUCCCAGCCUGACCUAUCUAAGGUUCCUCAGCAUCUGAUAAAGAUCUCAUCUUCAAAGGUUUAUAAAUCAAUAAAACUGAUCGUUUUGAAUGUGA